AGGCAGCAAGCAUGCCGGCUACGACACAAGCCAAGCGGGCGCCACAUUCGCCUUUUGAAAAAAAAAACUUUAUUCUGUCAUUUCAACAAGAAAGCAACUAAAAGCUCGUCUUUGGCUUCGCACCGACUGACCACAGCCGUCUGACAGGACGACUUUAGCGCGGCUACCAAAGACCAGCGACCGGUUUGACGUGAGGAGAGCGGCCAGUCGUGGCUCCAGGUGGACCCGACAAGAGCGGUCGAGACACGGCACUCGUGAGGACCUCCUCCCCGGCGUGCAAGCCAUCCAAGAGGCUGCCGGCCGGCUUCCGAGUGACAUCUUCCUGCAUUAGAUGACCGCUGCCGUCGGUCCUCACCUAUCAGCUUAUCAGUCCGCUGAGGCGGAACUGCCAAGUGUUGGAGUCAGUUUGAAAAUGACAGAAAGCCGCAAGAGUUGUACAAUUAAAACACUAAAUACUAACGCUAGCUAAACUGUUUCCAUAGCGCCACCUACUGGCGUGGAGAAUCAAACCGUAUGAGAAUCAAAUAUUGUAUCUAUUCAAGGGGCCAAAAAAUAAAGUCAAAAUCCUAUUAUUUAACCUCGAAAUGUUAUUUUGGAUUGUAAUAUGAGAUUAAUAUCAAUUAAACACUAUUGUAGUGCUCCGAAAAGAUGGCCAGCGGGGGGCGCCGGCAGACAACCACCGAAGAACACAUUACGCGGGCCGGAAGUGCAGCGGAACAAACAGAUUAGCUUGAUUAGCUUGAAGGCUAUCUCCUGACAUGACGUGUACACGCUGAUCAGUGCUUCAAUCGUGUUUGCCUGAUUGGGCGUGGAAGAUGGCGUUGAUCGAGGGUGUGGGAGACGAGGUGACUCUGUUGUUUGGUGUGAUGAUCGUGUUCCUGGUGCUGCUGCUGGCCUGGAUCUCGACCCGCACAUCAGAACCACUGGAUCACCUGUUGGACUCAUCUACAAGCUCUCCCCUUUCUCAGAGGACCCCCCACCAGGAUAUGCCCUCAACCUCUGCUGGGGAGAGCCACACGACUGUGACUCAUCCCCUCGCCGUUUCCCCUGAGGAAGUAAAAGAGGAGGGCGAAGGAAGUAGACAGGAGGCAGCGGAGGAAGUAGAUGCGGGGAGAAGCGACGAGGACUCCCAGAGAAAUAUGAUAGUCAGACUAAAGUUCUUGAACGACACAGAAAAAACCGCACGGGUUAAAGCCCAGGACACCAUAGGAUACAUUAAAAGGACCUACUUUGCGGGCCAAGAGCAGCAGGUGCGUCUCAUCUAUCAAGGUCAGCUGCUGCAGGAUGACACCAUCACACUGGAGUCUCUCCACUUGGCUCACAACUGCGUGUUGCACUGUCACAUUUCUCCGCACGCCACGCGGGCAGCGGUGGGGGCGGGGCCUGCAGACCAGGUGCAGGUGGCACUUAAUGUGGGGAGUCUCAUGGUCCCGCUGCUGGUUCUCAUGCUGUCAGUGCUUUGGUACUGUCAGAUUCAGUACCGUCAGUUCUUCACGGCACCCGCCACCGCCUCGCUGGUGGGAAUCACCAUUUUCCUCAGUUUGGUGGCCUUCGGCGUUUACCGCCGCUAGCUGCUGUUUGAUUGGUCCGCCUCAGUGACCUCGUUGGAUUCUACAUACUGUCCCUUGCUGUAGAAAAUGGGCGUGGCGCCAGGAAAAGGAUGGAUGUUUUGAUUAUUGUGCCUCCCGUUUUCUCUGCUCGGUUGUGGCGGACUAAACGGGUCAAAUGAAUGCAUGGAUGUUUGUCCACUUUUUGAUGAUAUUAAAAGCAUUUAUUUAUCUUCA